UAUUUUCAAAGCAAAGGAAAUACAAAGGCUUAUCCAAUUAAUCGAUUAAUUGCGCCAAGUUAAUCGAUUAUUCACUGCAGCCCUAGUCAGAGUACUUUAGGGUCACAGCUUUUUUUCCCUUUUGAACAUAGGGCUGUUUUUGUUCUGACAGCUGAUUUCUCUUAAAUAUUCUUUAAGGCUCUUACACAAAGUGCAUCCAGCUUUACUUUCUCAGUAACAAUCAGAUCUGCAUAGGUGGCAGAAGGUGGGUCCAAAUCCUCAGUGGGGCCCAGGGCUGAUUAAUGAUUAAAAGGGAUUAGAAGGAGGGUCAGGUCUUGGCUACUAGUCUCCGUCUGUAGCAGCUUUGUGUGUCGUCUGUGUCACGACGACCACUUGUCUCCCUCAGGACUAACUCUAAAGAUGUUCCCAUUAAGAAACCAGCAUGAGGGAGCGCUGAUGUCAGGGCUGGAACGCUGAGCACCUAAAGUCCCCUUCAACCAUAAUUCAGCACACCACACGAUAUCAACGAUAUCAGUCAAUGUUGUCAGGCUAAGCUGCUUAUGGAAGGACAUUCAGGGAAUUGUACUAGCAACCCCCCCUCCCCUUGCUCCCCCCCGAUAACCUGUUUCAUUCCAGAGCUCUGUCUGCAUCCCACCUCUAAUCCCACCCUGGAUUUAAAGGAAUCAUGGCAGUUUUGAAAGUGACAUUCACCAAAACCAAAAGGGACAAGCUGGCCCAGGUGCUGUGGAUCCUCAACUGGAUCUCCGUGGUUACGGGGGCCAUCCUGUUCAGCCUGGGAAUCUUCCUUAAGGUGGAGAUCAACAAGCGAGGGGAGCUGAUGGCUGGGAGGGACAUCCAGUACGUUCCCAACAUGCUCAUAGCUGUGGGUCUCAUUGCUUGUGCCAUCAACUUUCUGGGUGGGAAGAUCUGCUACGACUGUGUGGACUCUACCAAGUUCCUACGCUGGAAGCUGAUCAUGCUGCCUUACAUCGUGUGCACCUUCUUCUUCACCUUCUGCGUGCUGGUGGGAGCUCUGAUGUGCUACGGUAUGCACUGGGAGCUGGAGGAGUCUCUGGACAUGGGUCUGACGCAGGCCAUGAGGUUCUAUAAGGACACAGACACACCAGGACGCUGCUUCCUGAAGCAUACUGUGGACAUGCUGCAGAUAGAGUUCCAGUGCUGUGGAAACAACGGCUACAAGGACUGGUUUCAGAUCCAGUGGAUAAGCAACCGUUACUUGGACAUGUCCAAAAAGGAAGUGGUGGACCGACUGAGGAGUAACGUGGAGGGAAAGUACCUGACGGAUGGCGUUCCCUACAGCUGCUGCAACAUCAACUCUCCCCGGCCCUGCAUCCAGCAGCAGAUCACCAACAACUCUGCUCAUUUCAACUACGAACACCAGACGGAGGAGCUGAACCUGUGGAUGAAAGGCUGCCGCCAGGCUCUGCUGGAGAGCUUCACCCACAUCAUGAGGUCCAUUGGCUUCACAGUCCUCAUCACCUGGCUGUUUGAGUUGUCAGUGCUGACAGGCGUCCGUUACCUCCAGACCUCCCUGGAAAAUGUGCUAAGACAAGGAGACCCCAACUCUGACUCUUGCGGCUGGCUGCUGGAAAACAGCCUGAUGGAAACUGCUCGGACCAACAUGAGCAUCAUUAAGAGCCUCGGCAAGAGCAACCAAAUCAACACGGGCGACAAUGGAGACCCUAACAUUGAUAUCCCGUCCACAUCCAAGGCGCACUACGGGCCAGAAGCCAGCUGAACCCUAUCAGAAAAUAAACGACCAUGUUUUUAUGUUAUUGUCCCUCGUGUUUCUCCAAGCUUUUCAGCCCAUAAAAACCACAAGUUUCAUCGCAAGUCUUACGCUCGAAAAAUUCAGUUUAGCUACAGAGACUAAAGCUGUCAAAUAAAGGCUGUAAAAUAUCUUUGCAUCUGUGGUCACCAAGUAGGAAGUUUACUGUUCUGAUUUCA